CUUUGAGUCAGGCAAACGUAAAGCCACACUUCCUUGGGGUCCUUAGCACACGGUUUUGUUUACAACCACGUCACCAGGAAAUAGCCCACAUCCCGGACCGUCAAAAUCAUCCGUGGUCAAAAUGCAGAGACAGGACUCCCAAGACGCUCCUCUUUUUGGUGAAGAUGACGAUCACAUGAAGCCAAAGAAGUCCAAAAUUAGACAUCCGCUGGCAUCAUUCUUCCAUCUCUUCUUCCGAACAAGUGCCAUCCUGGUCUACUUACUGUGUGACACCUUCAGCAGUCGUUUCAUUGCCUGUAUGGUCACCAUCAUCCUCCUGCUGUCAUGUGACUUCUGGACUGUCAAGAAUGUAUCUGGCAGAUUGUUGGUGGGCCUUCGGUGGUGGAAUCAAGUGGACGAAGAUGGAAAAAGCCACUGGGUAUUUGAGUCAAAGAAGCAGACACACAGUCUGAACACGGCGGGCAGUGCUGAUUCACGGAUCUUCUGGCUCGGACUCAUCGUGUGCCCCAUUUUCUGGGUCAUUUUCGUGUUCAGUACCAUCUUCUCGCUGAAGAUUAAAUGGCUGGCUGUAGUAAUCAUGGGCUUGAUUUUACAAUGGGCCAACCUGUAUGGCUAUGUCAGAUGCAAGGUGGGUGGAAAGUCCAACCUGAGAGACAUGGCAAAGAACUAUAUUGGUGUCCAGAUUUUUAAACAGGCCAUGAAGAAAACCGAGGGACCUUGAAGUAGAAGAGGACGAGUGACGACUAUCUGCAGUGUGACAGUACAACGCUGGAUGGACUAUAUUUACUUGAUUCCUGUUGAAAAUGGCAAAUGAUGGCUUAUUUUCUAAAUGGUAUUAGGGUUUUUUGUAAUUUCACUGAAGUUUUUGGUAAAACUGAUUUUUGUAUGCGUUGUUUCUUCCAAAUUCGGAACACGUUUCAUACAGUUGUUUUGGCAGUUCAGGUAAUUGCAUCAGUUCAGAGCGUAAGGAGAGUUAUAUUUUUACUGAUGUAUGGUAAUAAGUGAAAUGUAAAAUUAGUAAAAUAACUUAGUGGUAAGCUCAGUUUACCACUAGACUGUUAUUGUCCCAAAUAGGCUUUUAUUUAUCUUAAAUCAGGAGUUAAGAAGAAAAAGUUUAAUAAGUUAAAAUGCCAGAUUGCUUAGGGGAUUUGGAACAAGAAAGUGUUGUAAAUUCAGAGCACUUUGGUUGUAAGAGUAAAGCAUUAAAUGUUUUUCACAUGUAGCUUGAGUUUGACCUAAUUUUGUGAUGAUUGACAGCUUAGCCCUGCGUCAUCAACCAUGAACUGUAUACUGUUUUGAAAAGGGCAUUUGGGUAUAAUACAGAGAGAGAGAGAGAGAUUUGUUGCCUAUAUAUUUAAAACUGGAUUGUGGCCAUUAAAGUUAUAGCACUGCUUUAUGUUGUUUUACUCACUUAAUUAAACUUACUUACUUAAA